CUCCCAUCACACACAUACAAUUGAAAAUCAAAAUACCACUCCCACUGCUACUAGGAUUUUGCCUCUCUUUGCCUUUUGGCUUUUUAUGUGCAUUUCUUCCCACAAAACUCAACAGUGACAUCCAACCCACUUAUAAAACACCUUGCUCCUUCACACAUAACACUCCUAACACAUUCUCUCUCUCUCCCCCAACACUCUCCCCAUUUUCUCUUCCCUCCAUUUUCCUUUCCUCUUUCAAAACCCAGAUAUUUAUAUAAUUAUCCAAAUUGGGAACUUCAUAGCAUGGACAACCAGCGUAGCCCUCUUAUAUCUUGGGCUUACUACUUCCAGGGAAAGUCAAUGGAGGAGCUGAGGCAGUCUGUCAUAUGCACAACUAUGGAGCUUGAACAGACAAGGGCUGCAGUGCAAGAAGAACUCAGAAAGAGAGAUGAACAACUACUCAACCUAAAGGAACUCCUCGGCAAAACCGCGAGAGAGAGAGAUGAAGCGCAAGAGAAAUGCCGGAGACUACUCUUGGAGAAGAUAGUUUUCCAACACCAACAACAAGCAGCUCCUGUGUCUGGAAUUUCAAGCAUUGAGGAUGAGCCAAGGAGAGGAAUUGACUCCAACAAUGGCCUCUCGUCAUCAGACUGUGAAGAGAGCAUUGUUUCCUCUCCUGUCAUUGACCAUCUGUCUCAACAUCAACCCCAGUUACAACCACAGUUACCACAAUCCAUGAUUGAGCUAACACCAGACAAACCAUUACCAGAAAAGGGUAAGCUCUUGCAAGCAGUGAUGAAAGCCGGUCCUCUCCUUCAGACCCUUCUCCUUGCAGGACCUCUUCCCCAAUGGAGACACCCUCCUCCACCACUUGAGUCCUUUGAGAUUCCCCCUGUCACCAUACCUUCACCACCACCACAAUCACAACCACAAUCACAACCACAACCACAACUCCUCCACCAUGAUUCCUUUCUUAACACUGACGGUGGUAGCACCACAUCCAACUGCGGAAGGGUUAGUCGAAAAAGGGUCUUCUGUGAUGGCUCUGAUUCUCCCACCGAGACCAAGUACCAAAGGCUUGUACUUCACUGACUUACUUCCACAAGUCAGAUUCACAUAUUUAGUUUCUAAUUUAUAUAUAU